ACUGUCGUUCGCAUCGUUGUGCUGUACGUUGUUCAAGGUGACGUCCAAAAUCAAAGGACCCAUCGUAUUGUUGAUGAGUACCGGCGUUACCGUUACCAGCUAAAAAUCUUCCGAUUGGGUACUUCCCUAAGCAAGUUACAAUAUGCUCUCACUUGUCCGUCACGUUAGCUCAACAUCUGCGUUUUCCAUGCAUAAUUUGCAGAAAAUUUUGCAAAGUGGUGUGGCCAAGGGAGCUGGCACUGGACUGCUUCCGGGCACAACUUCACAGAAUCAGCCGCGCUAUUUUUGGCAAUGGGUGUGUACGGUGUUCAACAAGGUGUCCAGAGAAAGAAUAGAAGAAGUUGGCCCUGAUAGGGCUUGUGCUGAAUGGCUUCUAAGAAAUGGUGCAAUGGUGCAAUGGGUAGGAAAAUCAGAUUUUGUCACUGAUUAUAAUGCACUUCCCUUAAGAGGAGCAGAGAAAGGAAGAUACCUUAUUAAGGCUGUUGAUGCCACAGAUUCUAGUAUUAUGGCUAUAGGAUUUCCUCAUUUCAAAGGUUGUCACCACAUUGACAAGAUAAUUAUGAAAAAUUGCAAGUACAUUGAUGAUGAAGCAUUACACAUGCUGUCUGUACUGGAGGCCUCCCUCAAAACAUUGGAAAUCUCAUCAUGUUUUAAUCUCACAAGUGAAGGAGUAUCAUCACUUACAGCUUUGAGAAACCUAAAGAGGCUUAAACUUGAAGCUUUACCAGAAGUUAAGAACAAAAUAGAAGUUACGGGAAUAUUGAAGAGCGCUCUCCCAAACUGUAACAUCACAUUUGAUGAGAGUCAGGAAGUUAAAAACCUUUAAGAAACUGUAUAAAAUGUAAGUAAGGAAAGUAAAUGUAUGGAAAAUUG